AUGGCCGAUUUUGGAGAGAUCCUAAGGAACAUUGGGGAGUUUGGAACCUUCCAGAAGCUCCUCAUCUGUGCAGUUUCCUUCCCCAAUAUUUUAUUUUCUUUUGAGUUAGCUUGCGUACUGUUUAUCCAGUCAGAUCCAGAUCGGCACUGCAACACGGACUGGAUCCUUAAGGCUGACGCUAACCUGACCUUGCAGGAGCAGCUGAACCUGACCAUUCCCCUGGAGCAGGAUGGUUCCUUCAGCAGGUGUCGCAUGUUUGCUCCGGUGGACUGGGACAUCGGAGCCAUCAGGGAGCACGGACUCAAUGAGACCACGGUGUGCCAGAAUGGUUGGGAGUACGAGAGGUCACUUUAUACAGCCACCAUAAUCACUGAUUUUGAUCUCGUAUGUGACCGUGCUCACUUACCGCAAGUGGCGCAAUCAGUCAUAAUGUUGGGCGUUCUGCUUGGUGCUCUCUUAUUUGGACCCUUUGCUGAAGCGGUUGGUCGAAAACGAGCAGCUCAAAUUUCCAUGGUUGUGGUCCUCAUGUUUACUGUCGCCAGUGCAUUGAGCCCAAACUACUGGCUGUUUCUGCUCUCAGAGUUUUUGAUGGGCGUUGGCAGCGGAGGUUUUCGGCUAAACGGCAUUAUAUUGGCCACGGAGUGGAUUGGCGUGUCCAAAAGGUCGUGGGGGGCAUGCAUAACUCAACUAUGCAGUGCAACUGGACAUGCCAUCCUUGCUGGUCUGGUCUACUUAGUCAGAGACUGGAGACUAACUCAGCUCAUCACUGCAGCUCUCCUCGCAGUCGUUUGUGUGUAUAUAUGGUUCCUUCCAGAGUCAGCCAGGUGGCUGUUGGACAGAGGGAGGACAGAAGAAGCUAAAGAGUUGCUGUUAAAGGUGGCAGCUGUGAAUAAAGGCAGAUUUCCAGACUCUCACCUGGAAAAGAUUCCUGUGAAAGAAACGGAGAAAAAGAGUGGCUUUUUCAUACUUUUCCAGUCAUCUGUGCUAAGGAGGUAUUUUUUUACCGUAGUAUUUGUAUGGUUCUCAUUGAAUGUUGCAUACUACUGCAUUUCAUUCAAUGUGGGAAAUUUUGGCUUGGACGUAUUCAUGACACAGCUCUUUUUUGGUCUGACUGAAAUGCCAGCUCAGCUACUUUGUAUGUGGCUGCUGGAAGCACUGGGGAGAAGAAUAUCGUUCAUCUCAACACUUCUGGUUGGGGGGCUCUUGUCUGUCUUGAUGCUCGUGUUCAGUCAUGGGAAUCCCAUUGCUGGUACCACAUUGGCAACAUUCGGACGUUUCACAUUUAUCUGGGCAGCAAGCAUUUGUAAUGUUUAUCUUCAAGAGUUAUUCCCAACAUCUUGUCGACAAACAGCCUUUGGUUUGGGCACCAUUAUUUGCCGAUCUGGUAGUCUGAUUGCUCCAUUGGUCAACAUAUUGGCAACGUACCACUGGUCAAUACCCAUGGCAACUUUCAGCAGUCUCAUACUGAUCAGUGGUGGCCUCAGCUUCUUGCUUCCUGAGACUCGCGGGAUUGAGCUGCCAGAUUCGGCUGACGAAGUCGAGAACAACAGAAAUAAGAAGACAACCAAGAAAGAGUGUGAAUCAAAUACAGACAUCAAAUCAAAAGUAUGUGUACGUAAACCCGCCUCUCUCCACGCCUCGUCUUCACCGCCGAAGGUCAAGUGA